ACACAUAUAAACACAAGCCGCCGCUCUGCCGUCCCGUGUCCUCUUUGAUCUCUCUCCUUCUUCAGAGUUCUAACAGAUAAGGGAAGGUUAUCUGAAAGCCUAGCAUCUAGUUGGGAGCAGCAUGGCAUCCGCGGUGGGCGAACCCCCGAGCAUCCUGGACCGAAUGGACCGGCUGGACGCCUUGCUGGGAUAUCUAGAGAGGAGGGAGAGCCGAGCGGCGGCAGCGGCGGCCAAGAGCCCACGCGCAUCCACGACGUCCAGCGGGACGGUCACGACGAGCGAUGGCGGCAACUCGUCCGUCAACUCCUCCCCUAAGUGCUUGUCAAGAAGGUGGUGCCGCCCGGUCCACGACGUCCUGAUGGAGGUCCAGGCCAAAGGCAGCCUCAUGGACCGUGUCGACCACCUCGAGCACCGGCUUCUCAAGAUAGAGGACGAAAAGAAGAGGGAAGAGGCGGAAAGGAGCCCGAGGAGCGGCGACAAGAGCAAACAUGGGAAAGGGUUGAAGAGUCUGGUGAAGUCUUGUGUGAAGGGGAGCCUCAAGACGAAGGACUGAGCGAACCAAGUCUUCCCGAGCUUUUUCUGGAGCCGCUUCUCGUUUCAUCCGCUCGCUCACUCGCGAAUAAGCACCAUGUUUUUCCGACCUUGAGAGAGUGUUUGGGCUUUCUAUGUCGUGGUCCAAAAAUGGGAGGAAUGGAUGUCUUGCGCUCUGUGCAGGAAUCCCUUAAAAGCGUCAUGUAAGUAUAUAUAAACAACAAAUAUGUAAUAAGAAGCAGCAGUCAAGGUUUUUGUACAGUAGGGAUGGGUAGCCACGUGCUUACAAAAUCAUUACAGGACACAUGCUAAUCAAAAGAUUGUUGAUAAUAUGAUUUGGGGUAAGCAAAAUAAUUUUAAAAAAUAAUGAUUUAUAUCAUAUUCAUUUAA